UGUCAAGUAAUCGCAUUUCAAUACAUUUUCGGCAUCUAAGCCCCAACUAAAUUUCCACUUUAGAAUUCUAUCAAAAUUUAUAAGUUCCAAAAAAAUAUAAACCGUGGUGCAAUGUCUUCUUUUCGGCAAUUGAACUACCAGCAAUGCCAGACGCUGGACCAGUGGCUGCUGACCUACGGAGUAUUGCUCAACCACCGGACACGUCACGAAUUCAGCGACGUUUUGCCAGUGGCUAGACUCUUCAACAAGGUCCAUCCGGGACGAGUGGACCUCAACAGAUAUGUAGCCCGGAACAGUGUGGCCUUGAAAGCAAGUAACUGGCGUAUUUUCAAUGCACGAGUCCUGAAGAAAAUGAACAUGGGCCUCACGCCAAAGGAUGAGGAUAAGUUGGCCAGGGCCGUGGAGUGGGUCCAGGAUGCGCUUCUCUACAGGCUGAUGAUGACUGUUGAGGAGAUAGACGAUGUUGGGCAAGAUUUCUCGUAUGAGAACAGUGCUCCUAAAAUCAAGAAGCGAAACCAAGAAACCCUUAUGUGAAUGGUUUCAAAGGUGUCCCAAAAACUUUUCAAUGGUUGUACUUGUGCUCGGACUUGAGCUCAAUGUCAAAGAACCGAUCCCCAAGGACGAACAUUUGGUAGCGGACCGAGCCUGAGCUUCGAACCAGUCAAUAAUCGACAGAAUGGGUCAUUGCUAGAACUUGCUGGAAGAUUUGGAUAAUUACAUGGAUUCAACAAAAUAAUUUUGCAAGAACAAACAUUUAUUUCAUGUACAACAAAAUUAGUGAACUAAUGAAAUAAUCGAAUUGCUCUAUUCAAAUUA